AGAGGCGGCGCGGCAGGGCAGCGGCCGCCGCCAUGCAGCCGUUGCACCGGGCCCCGGCGUUGCUGCUCCUGCUUCUGGCCGCCGGGACCUUGUGCCUCUGCCUUGCCUCCUCGGAGGAGCCAGCCGUUGAUGGCCUCACGUCAACUUCCCUCCUGGAGUUUGCCAUGAUGUCGCAUCUGGAGGCCAUGAAUUCCCAUGAGCAAACCAGCCCAGAGGCUACAGAGCCUGAUCUUGCCCCUGGCUCUCUGCAUGCUGCCCCAGGAUCAGGCUUUGCCAGCGAGGAGAAUGAGGAGUCCAAGAUCUUACAGCCCCCGCAGUACUUCUGGGAAGAUGGGGGAGAGCUCAACGACUCCAGUCUGGACUUGGGACCGGCAACAGAUUACAGCUUUCCUGCUGCAUCUCAGAAGGGUCUGCAAAAAGGGAAUGGGACACAGGUGAAGGACAACUGGGAAACAGCCACUGUCCAACCGCCGGCAGAAUUUGUUGAGCCUGACUUGCACACUUCCUUCUCUAGCACUCUGGAGGAAGAGGAGGGGCUGCUCCCUAUAGACCACUCCAGAGGAGGAGUGGAGAGUCUCCAGACCUCCAGGUCAGAGGUUACAUCUUCUGAACCAGAAAGCCAAGAAGACUCCUUCUCCAUUCUGUUUUCUACAGCCUCUGCCAGGCCAGGUAUUGUGACUGAGGCAGCCAUAGGAGGGCAAGAGGAAGACUCUGUUCCUCCUGGCUUAGACCUUGGGAGCAGCAUGGGACCAGGUAUUCUGCCUGCAUCCUCUGUUUUUUCUACUACUGUUGCUGCAAGGUCUCCCAGCAUUUCAGAAGAGCCCUUUGAGGUUACAGCGGGGGACACGUGGACUGUUGGGGGUGCAGAUUUGGAGCUGACUGUGACUACCAUGAGAGCAGAGCUUGCAGAGACCACGGUGGAGGCUGGUGGGGAAGAGCAUUCGGUCAGAGAGGAGUUUUCAGAGCCCACAGUGGAGUGGGAGAUGCUGGAGCCCACGGUACUAACUGAAAUGGAGGAGACAGUGGAAACACCUGUGGGGACACCUUCUCCUGGGGGCAGCUCCCCUGACACCCAGACUCUUUCUGGGGGUGAGCAGCACCCCACUUCUACUGUAUCUCCGUGGGACAGAGCUGAUGAGCCUGUGCUGGAUCCCAUUUGGAAUGACACCGAGUCAGCAACUGAGACUGUGGCAGGAGAGAGGAGCUUGUCACCACAGGCUGGGGAUGCCCGCAUGGUCAUGCCACCAACAGAGCUGCCAUGGGACUCAGCACAGGUGAUCUGCAAAGACUGGAGCAACCUUGCAGGGAAAAACUACAUCAUCCUGAAUAUGUCGGAUAACAUUGACUGUGAGGAGUUCCGGCUGGAGAGGGGUCCCCAGCUGUUGGCUCUGGUGGAGGAUGCCUUCGCCAGGCAGGCGGAUGGACUGCAGGACCGCUGGCUGAUCUCUCUGAGCAAACCCAAUGAGAACGACAAGCACUUGCUAAUGACACUGGCAGGGGAACAGGGCGUCAUCCCUACUAAAGAUGUUCUCAUGGCACUGGGAGACGUUAAGAGGAGCUUAGCUGAGAUUGGCAUCCAGAACUACUCAACCACCACAAGCUGCCAGUCACACCCCAACCAGCCACGCAGUGAUUACGGGAAGCUCUUUGUGGUGCUGGUGAUCAUCGGCUCCAUCUGUGCCAUCAUCAUCGUACUGGGGCUCAUAUACAACUGCUGGCAGAGACGCCUGCCCAAGAUGAAGAACAUGUCACACGGUGAGGAGCUGCGCUUCGUUGAGAAUGGCUGCCAUGACAACCCCACCUUGGAUGUGGCCAGUGACAGCCAGUCAGAAAUGCAGGAGAAGAAGCCAAGUGUGAAUGGUGGAAACACCAUCAAUGGCCCUGACAGCUGGGAUGUCCUGAUCAAUAAGCAGGCGAGCGAGGAUGUGGAUAUGUUUGAGGAAGACACGCAUCUCUAGAAAAAAGGAGGGAACCACCCCCUUAAAUACACUUGUCUCUCUCCUAUCUUGAUUGAUGGACCACGGGAUCAGGUGGCUUCUCAGGAACUUCUUAAAGGCUUGGAACAGGUCAAGCCUUUGGGCAAGUUUUCCAGAUUGAGGUCCUGAGCCUGCUUUUCUGAGGCUUGGAGCCAGGAGGAUCACUGAA